UUUGAUCCUGUUUUAUCUGCCCCUCCUCUUUUCAAAUGUUCACAUCUUAUCUCCUGAUAAGACAGACUUAACCCAUAGCCACAUGCUCAGUUUAGUGUGUAUUGCUAGAGAGAGUGCAUGUGAUCAGCACAGGGCCAAUCAGCACUGUCCAGACAGAGGGUCAGAGGUUUCACAUCCUCCUAGAGCAGAAAGAAAACUCCUCCUACAAGCUUUAACCAGUGCUCUGCUGACGUCACAAGACUGCUCUAACUGCUGCUGAUAAAAGGUAUUUAGCAGUUUAUAUUUACUAA